CCUCACCCACCUCCACGCUUGCUCAUCUCCGGACAUGCACCUGAUACAGGUAACAGCAUACAGCAUACGAGUACACAUAGAUUUCUCCUCAUAAGAGUCACUCCUACACUUUUGCUGGUGUCCACCACUGUGCCCUUGCACCCACCUCUGAAUAACGUUUAGGGGAAACUUUUGAGCAGUAAUUGUCUCCUCUUCCAUAUCAUCAAGUUUAUCUUUGUCCAGUCCUCAUACUGUUCCUACAGCCCGACGUUGGACAACCCCCCCAAGCUCGCCACCGCCGCCUUGAUCCUUCCCACCAACCACAGGACCAUCUUCCUUUGACUCCGCUACCACCGACGACCAAGACCUUCCUUCCCACAACUGUCUACCUAGGUACGAUCUACCAUCCCGUACUCUCUACCUCUUUAUCUCUCUUCCAACUUGCAUCUCCGCGCCUCGCCGAUUUCUGUACCCACCAGAACCUCAUUCGCCGUUGCUCCCUUCAAUCUGGUCCUCCUUCUCACCACCUACAACGCACCUUCACCACAAACACAACCACAACCACUCCUUCUUCACCCAUAUCACCUCUGCCGCUUCCUCUUUCUUAGGCCGCUUCACUUUUUACCACCAUACCGAUCCAACGCAAGAAAGCAGCUUCAGCAGCCUGUUUUUCCAACUCCAUCCAUGGAUCGAUAGAUAUCUUUUCAGUCCAGCAACUUUAUCUCUUUCUUCCCGCACCCCCGCGAGUACGACUCACAUACGCAGCAGCCACUCCUUUUACAGAAGCUCUUCACUGUUUGCACAAGUGCGCUGCCCGAGGGUCCACCGUGACUAGCCAUCGGCGACACCCCUCCCGCCUCUUCACCAAGUCGAGGGUGUCAACAACAGUCUAGGCAUUGGUCGUUUGCUGUCUGGACACCCUGCGAGCAGCCAUAGGAGCAAGUAGUCACAAAGUCUUGUGGCGGAACAUACGAAUCCUGCAUUCGACCCACUGCCGAUUUGGACAACCUCACCGAGACCCAUCUUUUCUAUCUCACACCCCGGCAUAAAAGCGACCGCCCAUGCAGACAUAAGUCUCCCCAGAAACACUUGACUUGAAGAGCUGGAAAUAAGAGGCUUGCAACAUGUUCAACAGGCUUAGCCUCUGCGGCAGCAGUCAUCAUGUCCUGUCAGCCAUUCUCGUGGUUUUAUUACUACUUUUUUCAGAGACCCAAGGCCUAGAUAUUUCCUACUGUUCUCCAGAAAACAACGCAGGGUCGUUUCCUACAUAUAACUACCCAUAUCAAUCCAAUGGAGCGUGCCAGCAACAUUGCGUGGGCUCAUAUGCCUUUGCAGUCUUGCAAGGCAAUGACUGCUGGUGCUCCAAUUACAUUCCGGCCGACCAAGUCAGCACCUCUGACUGCAACCAGCCUUGUCCUGGCUAUCCCAGUGAAUGGUGCGGCUCGACCGAUGAAGGACUUUACGGCUAUUUCCUUCUGAGCCCUGGCAUUCCAUCCGGCACCUUGGGUGCUACCCCCUCCCAAACUACUUCGGUUAGUAUUUCCUCAAAUGAUUCAGGAUCUUCUUCCCUUGCCACAACUAUAACCAUCACCACUGUCCAAACAAUAUCUCCUUCCACCUCUCCUACUGUAAUAACCGUCGGGCGUCCUCAGAGUUCCGAAGAGACAAGCUCUACGAGUACUACUAGAGCUACCUCAUCGACCUCAUCACGGUCCACGUCCCGCUCAACGUCGACUUCUGGCUCAACCACUGGAUCUGCAACCAGCUCGGACCAGCAGACUGAGGUAUAUACGAGUGUGACCACCGUCACCGGCGAAAUCCGGACGGUGAUUGUAACUCCGAGUCCCACCGUCAGCUCGGAUGCCAACCUAGGUCAGCCUUCGGCGGGUGGUGGCGGCGGUACCAACGUUGGAAAAGUGGUUGGAAUCGUGCUCGGAGUUGUGCUCGGAGUCAUCGCCAUCAUCGCGCUCGCCAUCUGGCUGUGGCUACGUCGACGACGCCAAGAUAAUCCAGAUUCGCCCAGGCCAGAGAGCUCUUUCAUGGCACGAACCGGCGAUUCCUCUUCCUCAAACAACAUCCCUUCACGGCAAGUUAGUCAAAUGUCGUCGGCGGGACUGUUAGGGAACAAGGCUCCUCGAAUCAACACCUUUGGCAUGCCUGCGGGCACCGAUCCUCGGAGUGCCGACACGGCUUCGUCAGGUUUCGACCGCCGUAGCGUGGGUACAGAUCAAAGACUUAACCCGUAUGCUCUGUACAUUCACGAUGAAGGUCGCGUGAGCGAUGUGUCUCUACAGGACAACCAGGAUUACUCGCGGCAAUUGAGAGUUGCCAACCCCGAUACAUGAGACGACUUUGCACCACCGUGUGGGUCGAAAGCUCGACGAUUUAAUGCUAAUGAUGAAGACGGCUGGUUGCAGGACCUACACAGGUGCGAUGGAGCAGUCUCCUCAACAUCGAGGGGUUUGACAAGCCCUCGACUCGCGUUAUCGCGAUGCCCCUGUUUGCGGGGUUCAGGUGCGCCACGCAAGAACGCACAGCAUGCGGAAGUGAUGUUACCAUGAGACAUUUUGUUUUCCAGCAAGACAUGCUUGAAAAGUGCAGAUCCCGGACUGGAGCAUGAAGGCGUUUCUACAAAACCCAUGUACGAUUAGCAUAGCCAACGGUCAAAAGUUGCUCGGGAGUUUUUGAUGGUAUAAUAUAUCAUCUGACCUUGAAGAGGUUAUGGGGCUGUACGUGUCGAGUCCUAUUGUUGGCCGACAUGUCCUCCAAGACCCACGGAACGGCUCAGUGAGGUUGGCGUUUCGGGUAUGGCAGGUUGGGUUUUGAUCAACGGGCCGGGUUGUUCCUCUGUACAGAGCCUCGGGAUGUGACCAAGUCUAUUUGCUAGGUGGGGGUUUGGGAACUGCUGUCGAAGACGGAACAAUGGGUUCCAAGUUUCUCCAGCGAGUAUUUUCAAUCAAAGUACCGUACAGCAGCAGCAGCAGCAGCAGCAGCAG